AUCAUUAACUGCCAUCCGCAGCUGCGUAGCACAGAAACUUCCGCGCUCCCUCUUCUUCUUCUUCUUUUAUGUAUCUCUGCAACUUGAAAAUUACUCAUUUUCUGUUCCAAUCAUAACGUGGCCAUUGACCGCCAUCGCUUUCGUUUCAUACUGUGCCAAUGCCGACCCGCUUCCAAAAUCCAUAUGGUAUGGAUAUAUAUGGACCAUCCUCCCUGCGCUUAUAGCACAAACCACCCGAACUCUUUCGCUUCUACAGAAGGAAAUUUAUAUUCCUAAUUCUGAAAUCUCUCUCCGUCGUCACCUUCUUCGCUUUCAGUUCAUUCCCCACUAACCCUAAAAAGGAGGGGAGGAAAAGAAAGCCUCCGAAUUUUCUCGGCGAUUCUUGAUCUCAUCAAUUCUUUUUCUGGGAAAAGUCUUGUCGUUCCCCGGAUUCCUACUGAUAUAGAACCGGGUCAAAUGAUCCUUUCUUUCUGUUUCUUUGGUUUAGUGUAUUAGUUCGAACUCUCUUUUUCUGGGUUCGAUUGUAUUUUGCAGUUCAAUCCGUUCGUCAUUCUUUCUGCUCCAGAGAUUUUGUAUUUUCGAUUUUAAAGAUGAGAAGCGAAGGAGCUUUUUACUAUUCAUCGGACAACAACAAUAAUUCGGAUACGGACAGCACCGGCAGCGACGGCCGUGCAGCCUUCAGUGGGCCGCUCGGAUCAACCCUUCACAGCUCCAAGCGAUCCUCGAGAAAGAGCGCGAGGUUCAACAUCCCUCUUGAGACAGCGGGGCUCCGAAGCGGGAGCGACGCCUCGAAAGCCGAGGACGAUGACGGCGAGCCAUAUGUCGAGAUCACCCUCGACAUACGGGACGAUGGCGUUGCCGUCCACAGCGUGCAGACCGCUGGCGGGGCAACCGACCUCGAGGACCCCGAGCUGGCGCUACUCGCGAGGAGGACGUUCGAGACCCGGAGGUCGUCGUCAUUUGGGUCGUCAGUCCUCCGGAGUGCCUCGUCCCGUUUCCGGCAGGUCUCGCAGGAGCUGAAGCGCAUCACCUCGCUCUCGCGGCGGCCAACGACACCAGCAAGGCGCUUCGACCGGACGAGGUCGGCGGCGGCAACCGCGCUCAAGGGCCUCAAGUUCAUCACCGCCAAGACGGGCGGCGCCGCUGCCGGGGGCGGGGCACCCGGGUGGCUAUCAGUCGAGAAGCGAUUCGACCAGUUGACCGCUUCGUCGGCCGGCCUCCUGCAUAAUUCCCAGUUCUGUGAAUGCAUAGGAAUGAACAAAGAGUCAAAGGACUUUGCGAACGAGCUGUUUCGGGCGCUUGCACAGAGGCGCAACAUAGAUGGCGACACCAUCAACAAGGAUCAGCUCAGGGAGUUUUGGGAACAGAUCAGCGACGAGAGCUUCGACUCGAGGCUACAAACUUUCUUCGACAUGGUGGACAAAGAUGCCGAUGGGAGAAUCACCGAGGAAGAAGUCAGAGAGAUCAUCAGCCUCAGCGCAUCAGCGAAUAAGCUAUCAAAUAUCCAGAAACAAGCUCAGGAAUAUGCAGCUCUCAUCAUGGAGGAGUUGGACCCGGAGAAUAAGGGAUACAUCAUGGUUUACAACCUGGAAACACUGCUCUUGCAAGCUCCGAAUCAGUCCGUGAGGGUCGGAGACAGCAAAGUCCUGAGCCAGCUUUUGAGCCAGAAGCUCAAACCGACCAUCGACGAUAGCCCGCUCCACCGAUGGGGCGAGAGGGCCAAGUACUUCCUGAUGGACAACUGGAAGAGGCUGUGGGUGAUGGUGCUAUGGAUCGCGAUCAUGUCGGGCCUCUUCACCUACAAGUUCAUCCAAUACCGGAACAGGGCGGCCUUCGGCGUGAUGGGCUACUGCGUCUGCGUCGCGAAGGGUGGCGCCGAGACGGUCAAGUUCAACAUGGCACUCAUCCUGUUGCCCGUCUGUCGAAACACCAUCACGUGGCUCAGGAACAAGACCCGGUUGGGUGCUGCGGUCCCCUUCGACGACAACCUUAACUUUCACAAGGUGAUCGCGGCAGGGAUAGCUGUCGGGGUUGGCUUGCACGCAAUCUCUCACUUGACGUGUGACUUCCCGAGGAUCCUGCAUGCGAGCCCCGAGGUGUACGCGCCCAUGAAGCCCUACUUCGGCGAGGAGCAGCCCCCGAACUACUGGUGGUUUGUGAAGGGAGUGGAGGGCGUGACGGGGAUCAUCAUGGUGCUCCUGAUGGCAAUCGCCUUCACGUUGGCCAUGCCUUGGUUCAGGCGGAACAAGAUCGACGUGCCCGGGCCCUUGAAGAAGCUCACGGGCUUCAACGCCUUCUGGUACUCGCACCACCUCUUCGUCGUGGUCUACACGCUGCUCGUCGUCCAUGGGAUCAAGCUCUACCUCGUCCACAAAUGGUACAAGAAAACGACAUGGAUGUACUUGGCAGUGCCGGUGACCCUCUAUGCAUGUGAAAGGUUGAUCCGGGCUUUCAGGUCCAGUAUCAAGCCGGUCAAGAUUCUCAAGGUGGCGGUUUAUCCAGGGAAUGUACUGGCACUGCACAUGUCGAAGCCCCAUGGCUUCAAGUACAGAAGUGGGCAGUACAUGUUCGUGAACUGCUCAGCUGUUUCUCCCUUUGAAUGGCACCCAUUCUCGAUCACUUCUUCACCGGGAGAUGACUACCUCAGCGUUCACAUUCGGACAUUGGGAGAUUGGACAAGGCAACUGAAAACCGUGUUCUCGGAGGUGUGCCAACCUCCACCCGUUGGGAAGAGCGGAUUGCUGAGAGCUGAUUGCGUUCCAGGAGGAAGCAUCCCCUGCUUCCCAAAGAUAUUGAUAGACGGUCCAUAUGGAGCACCCGCACAAGACUACCAAAAGUAUGAGGUGGUGCUACUGGUGGGGCUAGGGAUUGGGGCCACGCCCAUGGUGAGCAUCGUGAAGGACAUCAUCAACAACAUCAAAAUCAAAGAAAAUGAGCAAGACCACUUCAAUUCGUUGGAAAGUGGUAGACCCAUCUCGCCACUAACCCCGGAUGAUGACAACAGCAACAGCAACCACACCAAUCACGGUCACAAGGUGGGUCACAAGGGGGGCAACCACAGCAGAGGAGGGUUCAGGACCAGGAAGGCCUACUUCUAUUGGGUGACCCGGGAGCAGGGCUCGUUCGAGUGGUUCAAGGGGAUCAUGGACGAGGUGGCCGGGAUGGACGAGCGGCGGGUCAUCGAGCUCCACAACUACUGCACCAGCGUGUACGAGGAGGGCGACGCCCGGUCAGCCCUCAUCGCGAUGCUCCAGAACCUGAACCACGCGAAGCAUGGCGUCGACGUCGUGUCUGGGACCCGAGUCAAGUCCCACUUCGCCAAGCCCAACUGGCGCCAGGUCUACAAGAAGAUCGCGCUGCAACACCCGGAGACAAGAGUUGGAGUCUUCUAUUGUGGGGCACCAGCGUUGACAAAGGACUUGAGGCACUUGGCUCUGGAUUUCUCUCACAAGACCUCCACCAAGUUCGACUUCCAUAAGGAGAACUUUUGAAGAAGCUUGAACAGCUAGAAGCAAAAAGAUGUGGCAUGGGAUAAAAAAUGUAUAAAUAAAGCCGAAGGUGAAUAUUAUAUCGGUUAGUUAUAGUCAAUUUAUUCGUAACGAUGAGUAGAGAACCGGUACUAAUUUGGGAUUAAUUCCAUCCCUGCUUGGGAUUUGAAUGAUGUGCCCUCAUAUUAGAUUUAAGCUGACCCAAACCUAAUUGCAAAUAUAGAGUUAGAUAUAGGGAGUUAUUUCAUUGUGUAACACUGAUCAGAGAUGUAUACCUCAAAUUUAUAAUAUCAUUUGUUAAUCGCAUCACCCUGGAAUUGAUAGGUGGUGAUGUUCCGCA